AUCCCGGAAGUGGACCAUCGUUUGCUUUCAGGAAGCGGCGCAUCAUUAUCAUCAUCAUCAUCAUCGUCAGCGCUUUCACAACAUCGCGCCCAGGAUAGGGACCAAAACAGCGAACCGCCCGCGAGAUAUUCCACUGGGAGUUCUUAAAAAUGGACAAAUGAAGUGAACAACAGGAUACAAUGUCCUCGUUCCAGGUUGUGGAUUCCUCACCUGGCAGCAGCGUCAGUGUCAUGGAAACGUCCAACUUUUCCCACGUCAUCUUCCAGAAUGUUGGCAAAAGUUUCCUCCCUCAGGCACCCCUGGAAUGUCGUUACAUUGUCACCACUUACAUCACACCCCACCCCAAAGACUGGGUGGGCAUCUUUAAGGUGGGCUGGAGCACAGCUAGAGAUUACUACACCUUCCUGUGGUCUCCCAUGCCUGAAAAUUAUGUACCAGGAAGUAGUAGUGUGCACAUGACUGUGGUGUUUCAAGGUUAUUAUGUUCCCAAGUCUGACGGGGAAUUCUACCAGUUCUGCUAUGUGACGCACAGCGGUGACAUAAGGGGGGCUAGCACACCCUUCCAAUUCAGGUCCGCCACACCCACCGAAGAGUUGCUGACUGUCAGUGAGGAUGACAGCAAUUCCGACAUACUGGUGGUCACCACCAAGACUGGCCUGCUGGAGCGCGUGGAGGAGGCACAGCAGGAACGCAGGGACCUCCUGCAGGCCAUGCGGCUCCUCCAGGAGGAAAAGCAGCAGCUGCAGGAGGAGCAGAAGCGACUUUCCCGGGAGCGAGAGCAGGAGAGGGAGACGUGCUGCCUGCUGCGCACACACAACCAGGAGCUUCUGCGCUCCUCGCAGUGUCUGUCGGAGGAUCGGGAAGAGGUGAGGAGGAGGCUGACGGAGGCGACAGAUCGAGUGCGCCAGCUUGAGGAGGACCUGCUGGGAGUCACUCAGAGAGGCCUGCAGAAAGAGACGGAGCUGGACCGCCUGCGUGACCGUCUGAAGAAGCUGACAGCAGAGCGAGACAGCCUGGAGAGCCAGCUGAAGAAGGAGAAAGACGAGAGGGACUUCUACAAGGCCCAUCUGCGCAGCACUGAGCUGGAAAACACCAAGCUGAGCGCCGAGCUGCAGAUGCUGAAGGCAGUGGAGCUGAACCGGGAGGUGACAAUCGCUCAGUUCCAGGAGGAGCUGGAGAGGCUCAGGAGCUGUGUGGCCCAGCGGGACAGUCUGGAGAAAGAGUUGCUCACACUCAAAGCUGACAAGGCCGAGCUGGCACGUGUGCGCGAGCAGCUCCGUCAGGCCGAGGAGCAGCUCGCCGCGUCCCGCCAGCAAGCGGCCUUGCUGGCCUCGGAGCUCCGCGACUCAGCCAGCGCCCGGGACCACUCCAUGACCGAACUGUAUCGCGCCCGCCUGGAGGCCGACAAGCUCCGCGCCAGCCUGGCUGAUGCGCAGGCCGAGUGCCAACGCAUGGAGAGCCAGCUCGACCGCAUGAGGAGCUCUGCACACAAAGAAGUGGGUGUGGGGACCAAUGGUGAGCUGGCCCCCAGCACACUGAUUGUUUCAGAGGCAGAAGCUGAGCUGCAGAGGGAGGUGGAGGAACUGAAGCUGCGCCUCCACAUGGCAGCCGAACACUAUAAGGAAAAAUACCGAGAGUGCCAGCGGCUGCGCAGGCAGGUGGCCAAACUGAACACGAGCGAGUCACACGCGGAGCACAAGAGAAAUGCAUCUACUGAGACAGUCUUGGAGCCACUGACCCCAAGUCCUGAUUCACCCACAGCAGGAAGUAUUGCCACAGGAGCCCUCCAAGAGGCCUCUGCCUUGACAAUCAGCACUGAACUUGAAAACCUGCAAUGUUCACACUGCAGCACGGAGAUUGAGGAUAAGCAGAGCGAGAACAAGUCGACGGGGAGCACUGAGGCGAAAGGCGAUGAGAACCAGACAGAGGAGCGAGAAGACGACCAGAGGAGGGAGAACGUGCAUGUGGACAGCCUGCCGAUGACGAGCUGGGUGGAGGUCGAGACGAAGUGGGCGGGCAGCGAGGGGGACGGCGAGGCGGAGCAGACGGAGGAGGAGGAGGAUGUGAGGGAGAUGGAGGACAGGGGAAGAGGGGAAGAAGAAAUGGCAGAGAGGGAACAGAGCCACACUGUGGAGGAGGAGCUGGCACUGAUGGAGGAGAAGUGGAGGGAGCAGUGCGCCAUCAAUGAGACUCUCAAACAGCGUCUGGCCAAUGAGGAAGAGCGAUUUAGAGCACAGAUGGCAGAGCGGAGCAGCGAGGUGAUGGAAUUGAAACGUGACCUUGCCCAAGCUUUGAAAGACAAGGAGCGAUUACAGGAGGAGUUGCAUCGCUUCCUGAGUUGGCAAAUGGAGCAGGACGCCCGCGAAAGAGUUGCUGAAGUCAGGCAGCCCAUGCUGCUGCGUUACCCACUGCCCUACCACCAGGACCCCUCGCCACCCCCACUGGUGCCACAGAGGCCGGCGGAGCUGCAGUUUGGCAAUCCAUACGCUACUGAUGCCGCACAAGACCAGGAAGCAGAGGUCUCACUUUCUCCGGAGCAACUGACUCGUCCUCCACCCGAGGCCCCACCUUGCGCCACUCCCUGCGCCCCUCCAAUCUCACCACUGAACCCGAACCCUGGCCCAGUGGCACCAGGCUGGGACAGAGACGUGGUCUGCAUCCAACCUUCACGCAGCACAAGCCCCCCGGAGACUAUGGAGAACCCACCCGAGGAACCACAGAAUACGCGCGGUGGGGCUCAGCCAUCUUGUGACCAUCAGUCCAGCAGACUUGGUGAAACAAGCAGCAGCUUCUGCUUUGAUUCGAGCAGUGCCGUUCACAAGCGCUGCCCGUUGUGCGAGGUGAUCUUCCCGCCGCACUUCGAGCAGCGCAGCUUCGAGCAGCACGUGGAGAGCCACUGGAAGGUGUGCCCCAUGUGCGCCGAGCAGUUCCCCCUGGACUGCCAGCAGCACCUCUUCGAGAGGCACGUCCUCACGCACUUCGACGGCCACGUGCUCAACUUUGAUCAGAUCGAGUGACCUCCCCGUCCCCUCCGGCGGCGUCGAUAAGUGUGCGGUCAUCGGCGCCUUUUGCAGGUUACGUGGGAGCUGCUCCGAUACGCAAAGCCGUUUCGACAUUUAUUCCAUAUCCUUGAUGUACAACUUGAGAUCCAUGUACUACUAUGCUCUUGAUCCUCACCAGUAGGACAACUACAUGUCACUAGUGAGGAAAAACUGUGCACACCACCAGUACUGCUAGUGAAGUGCUAGAUGUUGACUAGUAGAAUUUUAUCAUGUCACUAGUGGCACGAGUAGCACUUUGGUCAACUAGUCCAGUUUUGCCUCACUCGUAACAUGGUCCUACUACUAUUAUGCCAGUGUUUUCCUACUAGUGUGCUGAAUUGUUUCACUAGUGAGGAUAAAGAGUCCUCCCUCAUAAAACAAUUUAGCUCUCUAGUAGAAUAACUGUCAUGCUAGGAAUGUUUUUCUACUACUAGGGCCACUUUAGGCCUACUAGUACACAGUUAAACCUUGUAAACUACUGUGCUGGACGAGUAGCACCACUAGGUCCAACUAGCAGGCAUGUGGAAUGCUGGCGUAGCGUCCUGGACCCUACUAGUGGCACCAACAUGCCAACUAGUAACUAUGCUUCACUAGUAAACUGUAGUUGUGGUACUAGUAUGCCAGAGUUGUCCUACUAGUUUGCAGAACUGUCAUACAGUAGUGGGAGUGAGAAAAAACUUAGGAGUAUGUACUGAAUUGUCUUACGAGUGAGGACAGAGUGUACUAGUGCAUGGACCUUAAGGUGGAUAUUGUAAAAAUGCCCCUAUUAAGGUCGAUGUACUAGUAUGCUCUUUGUCCUCACUUGUUAGGACAACUUUGGCAUACUAGUGGGACAACUACAUGUUACUAGUGAGGCAUAACUGUGCACUUGUUGACAACUGUGUGCUACUAAGUUGACACAGUUUUGCCUCACGAGCAACAUGUGCUACGAAUAUGCCGAAGUUGUCCGAAAUGUUAUACCGUAGUGAAGUGUUGCCAGGAAGACACAGCCGUUCUACUAGUGUGCUGAACUGUCUUACUAGUGAGGACAUAGUGUACUAUUACAUGGACCUUUCGCUGAAUAUUGACUGAUAAUGUAAUAAUAAUAAUGCUCAAUUGCUUUCCCUACUCCCAACACUCGAAAAGCUUUGCUUCCACUUUAUUCUUCUUGAUUCUUUUUAAAGCACUUUUGCGCAGUGCAUGUGGAUAUUGUGUGUUCAAAACAAAUCAAGAAGAAAAGACAAUCUUGGCUGUCAAGAGGGCAAAACACACGCGCUCCAUUUGAAGCGUUAAUGCCAAAUGAGACAUCGACAAAUGGACUUCAUCGCUUCCAAACCGAAACGCUGCUCUUCAGGAAACGAGGGUUAAGAAAAAAAAAAAAAAAAAAGUACUACAUUUUUAAUGUAGCUGCACUAAACAAGGCUUUAUUCUGAAUGUAAUGUACAUAUGGAAAUACAUGUGUGAUGUGUAGUGUUACUGCCCUCACGUUUUGCUCAUGUCAACUACUGGCGUGCACUUUCUGCUUUAUGUUCUGGUGGUAGGAAGCUCCAACAAGGAGACAAUGACUUUGGAAAGCCGUUUCAGCAUAUUCCAUAUCCUAAUAUCCAGCCUAUGAUCCAUCUACAACUGUAAUACGCACUUUGUCCUCACUAGUAAGGCAAAGUACAAUGACUGUCUGCUUAUUUUAAUACAGGUUUGACUUUUUCCCCCUAAAUUUUCAGCCUUGUUUUAAGAUACAAGAGCUUAGUUUAAGGAUCUUAUCAAGUCAAUUCACAUUAUUUCCAUUGGCAGAUGUUUUUAUUUUCCUAUAUUUAAGCGCAGUGUGUUAAUGUUAAAACUGCGUAAUGUUACAGUGACUUAGAAUAAUAUGAAAUACUUUAGGAAUAAAAUAAAUUCUUGUUUUUGAUUAACAGUUAGGCCUACUACACUACUGUAUUUUAAUGUUGGUCAUUAUGGUAGUACUUGAGUAUUUUUUUUUAGUUGGUACUUGCAGUAAAAGGUUUGAGAACCACUGCACUAUUCCAUGACAUUUCUGCACAUUGGUUGGACAACUAUGUUUCUAGUGAAGAAAAACUACUUGUGGGCAUUUUGGUGUUAGUGAGGACAAUGCACCGUACUAGUACAUGGAUCUUAAGAUGGCCGUUUAUUUGAUAUCUAGUGAAAGAUCCAUGUACUAGCACACUCUUUGUCCUCACUAGUAAGACAAUUUAGCACACUAGUAGAACAAGCAGGGCGCAGUAGGAGAAUGACACAGGUUACUAAUAUUUUUUUCCAUUACUACUACUAUAUGAUAUUUGUACACGCUAGUAGGACAACUAUUACAUGUUGCAAAAUAGUAGAUCAAAAGCGGCACUUGUAUUUGAAAAAAAGUAUGACAUUCAUCUUGAAUUGUCUUACUAGCGAGGACAAAUAGGGUACUAGUACAUGGACCUUAAGCUGGAUAUUAAAGAUAUGGCGUAAAUGCUCAAACUGUUUUUCAUUCAAACUUAAUGGUCAUGUAUGUCCAUAUUUCAUGUUGUCAUGAAAAGUAGAGCAAUUGCUCUGUAUCCAUGUGGGACCUGAUGAAUGAAUGUCAUCUACGUGUAUCUGCAUCACUGCUGUCAUUCCGUGAGCUCUGACGGUGUUGUUUAUUCAAGCUUUACAAAUUGCAUACCAAUCACAAGGCCAGUGUGUGAAUGGCAGAGAUCUUGAUGAAUAAAUGAACUUGUCCAAG